CUCCUUCCAGCCCUCGGUGGGUGUCGGGAGAGCCGCCUCCUCGAUCCUGGUAGCAGAAGCCGGUGUUACAUGUGGACACUCUGAGAGCUACGCCUUUUUUCUUCUUCUCUUCCUUGCUUCACUGCAAGGGGGUGGCCCUUGGAAACACCUUGUUUAACAUACACGCUAUAAAUACGGCUCUUGGCACGGGAACAGGGCUAGAGGCUGCCGGAGGACACGGGGACGCUCACAGAGCCUGCUAACCGCGAUCAGUGAGCCACUCCGCUUGAAGCUCACGCCACUCCUUGCAGCAGAAGCUUUCUUGCUCCGCGCGUGCAACUGAGAAACGGAGAGGAAAGCUGCGGAGAAAUACGGCUUUAAUCUUAGGCAAAGAGAUUGCUUGUGUGCGGAUCGGGAAGGAGCUGGCGCGCUUCCUUCCUUAAUUUCUGGAAAACUAAGCCAACGGGAAACUCCUCCUCGGCUCUGCGCCGGCUUUUCCCGGGCCGCGCAUUGAUCCCGUCUGAGCAGCCGGUGCUUGCUCGGCGCACCCUCUUACCGCAGCAGCCAAGCAGCCUGCUUGCCGGCUUUGCUCUCGGCUCGCGCCCCGCCCCGCCGCCAGGAUGAUGCAGAUCUGCGACUCGUACAGCCAAAAGCACUCUCUCUUUAAUGCCAUGAACCGCUUCAUCGGGGCCGUCAAUAACAUGGACCAGACGGUGAUGGUGCCCAGCUUGCUUCGGGACGUGCCUCUGAUGCUGGAUGAGCUGGACUCGGGGGGCGGCUGCGGCGAAAGGGAGGCCCAGUUGACCCCCAACGGCGACGCCUAUUGCUCCUGCAGAGAUAUGUACAGUCACUACGUGCUGCUCAAGUCCAUUCGCAACGACAUCGAGUGGGGGGUGCUGCAGCAGGCGAGCGAGGAGGCGGCCAGCAGGAAGAAGGACAAGCUGAAUGGCCCCCCUGGCGCUGUGGACAUUAGCCGGGGCAUCCCCGAGGAUGAGGAGGUGGAAGAGGAUCUGGAAAAGCAGUUUCAUUAUCACUUGAGUGGACUGCACACUGUGCUCUCCAAACUUACCCGCAAGGCCAACGUGCUCACCAACCGAUACAAGCAGGAGAUCGGAGUCAACAACUGGGGGCACUGAACCAGGGAGGGGGAAAUCGCGGCCUGCCUGCCUGCCUGCCUGCUGGGGUGAGAGUGUCGGGGAUGAGGAAACAGGAGUUUGGAAAGGGCUAGGGAAGAAUGGUAACAAGAGUAGUUUUAGUCUGUGUGUGUGAGAGAGGUGUGUGUGUGUGUGUGUGAGAGAGAGAUGCGUGUGUGUGUGAGAGAGAGAGAUGCUGUGAUGUGGAAGAAAUUGGGCAGGGAAGAAGUAUGUCACGGACAGCGGGGUGCAUAGGAGUGAGUGCAAAAGGUGUUUCUGGGAGAAGAAGAUGAAGAUGGGAGGGUGGAAAGCAUUGACUUCAUGUUAUGCAAAUCCGAGUGGGGUUUUGUUGUUAGCAACUAAACAUUCAGGGAGGCAGGGUGAUAAAUCUUUGCCUGAGUAGCAGGCGUAGGUAGGCUGUAAAGUAUAAAGUUUCCAGAUUCUGAGGACUCAAAAUGAUGUACAGUGGCCCAGGCCAAUUACUGAAAGAGUGUGUUCGUAAUCAUUGGAAAACGGUGUGUGCACGCAUGCGUGUGGUGGCGGCAAUAGUAGUGGCGAUUGCAUCACUUCUUUCUUGUUUUUGCACUACUUUUGUAAUGUUAAUAUAUAUGUAUAUAAAGCCUAAGAAUUAUCUUCCUUGCAUGCUCUUAGAACUGCAGGCGUCUAUUUUUUACCAACGCACAAAGAUGUACAUUCAUCUGUACUAGUUAAUUUUUUUUACAGGCUGGGUGAACAGGUAUUGUUCCCCUUUAAAUAAAGACACUUACCUUCCCAUAAUAUAGAGAGCUGGUUGAUAUGACACUGCAAAUAAGCCACUUAAAAACUAUUUAUAUUCAAUGGCAGAGGAUUAACCAGUUAACUAAUGUGCACCCAUUUUUCAAUGGAAAGAUAAAGUGUCUCAUUGUUGUACAUGCAUUGAAGACUAUUUAAAUCUUUUUUAUUCAGAUGUAGAGUAUAUUCUAAAAUAAAUAAGCAAAUAUAUUGACUAAAA